AUGAUGCUUCAUUACAUAUCUGGCGUGCAAGGAACGCUGCUCAAACAAACGGCCUGGGCCAUAAAGGCGACAGUUCCCGCUGAACGGAGGUGUGCGAAAGUGCGGUUGCCAACCCGCUUGCCAGACGUGGCGACUAAGCUGUCAGAGCUCGAACAGCGAGUUCUGGAAGCCGAGGGCAGAGCAGAAGAAGCGGAGGACAAGGUCCGCGCCAUGGAGCAGCGGCUUUGCGAGUGGCCAGCGGGCGCUGAAGGCGCUCCAAGAGCCAUCUCGCGACUAGAAGGGCAAAUCGAGGAACAGAAGCAGCUGCGACUCCAAGACGCGAAACAGGUGGAAGCGAAGGCAGCCCGCAUUAAAGAGUGGGUGACCAAUAAGCUUCGUGAGCUAGAACAGCAGAACCAGUUGUUGAGGGAACAAAACGACCGCUGUAAUCAACAGCUAGAACUACUCAGAAAUCAUAUUGCAACACAAGGGAGCAGAAAUUGUGCAUUUCUACCGACUCGAGCGAGUCUUUCCCUUGAGGUGAGGACUGAGGAAGGUUCCAGGACUUCCUCCAGUCUCUUGGCCGCGAACAGACGUCGAUCAGAAAGCCUUGAGGGUCCCCAGCUGCCCCUGAACUCGGAGCCGCAUUACAGCACCCCUGUGCGGCACAGACGCAACCUCUCCAUAGGGACCACGAACCUGACCCAGGGCGCGUCCAGCCAGGCGGCGCUCAACGCCAUGAACCGCACUAUGGACGAGCGGACGACGGCCAGCCUGCUCGCCGACGACCUGGCGGCCGCUGUAGAAAACUUAGUGGUGUUGCCCACUACACCCAACACUUCGACCGACGGCGACACAACACACGACUACGCGGAGAUUUACACGCCGAGCAGAGAGCGGACGCCCGCGUGGCAGGGCGCCGUGAACGUGGUGGUGCAGGGCGGCAGCCGCGGCGGCUCGUCCACCGCAGAGAGCUCCGCCUCGGCGUCCGAGCACACGCGCCCGCCCACGCCGCCCCUGCACAGGUUCCCCAGCUGGGAGGCCAAGAUAUACCAGGUUGCGGACGACGGGCUCCAGCAGUCCGUGGAAGAGGAGCUCAGUCCGCCGCCGUGUUCGCGCCCGAUGCACGAGUCGACCAGCUACCAGGACAUAUCCGUGCCAGUCUACGCCACCGUCAAAGGGCGCGCCAGCCAAAUACGGUCGAUGCCUUUCACGGGCGAUUCAUCUGAUGACUCUUCGGACGGCGAGGAGUCUAUGGGAGUCACCGUUCACAACACGCCGCACCACAACGCAUAUGGCGGGCACGCGUCGCAGCACGCGGGAGGGGGCGUGGCCAUGGCCGGCCCCGCCCCCCUGAGCGGCCACGCGCUCCUAUUGGCCAACACCAACGGCCAGUGCAGCUCGUCCGACACCAGCCUGAGCGCCAGCAGCCCCUCGAAGAGCGUGAAGACCAGCUCCAGCCUCAGCCCCGCCAAGCGCUCGAGCAGCGGCUCGCCCAGCAAGCAGAGCAAGACCAGAGACACGUCGUUCGAGUCGGGCAUGUCGGACGACUACGCGAUCCCGCCCGAUGCGGGCUCGUGCGAGGGGGCGUGUCGCGGCAGCGCGGGGGCGGGGCCCGCGGGGGGGCAGGGGCCAAUGGGCGCGGGGGGCGGGGCCCCGGGGCUGGCGGGGGUGGGCGGGGGCUCGGGCGGGCUGGGCGGCUCGGGCGGAUUGGGCGGCUCGGGCGGGCUGGGCGGCGCCGGCGCGGACUCGCCGCGGCGCCACGACGCCCUAGAGAAGAGCGGCCAUCUCGCGAAGCUCGGCGGCAAGCUCAAGACCUGGCGCAAGCGAUGGUUCGUGCUUAAGAACGGCACGCUCUCAUACUGGAAAUCCCAGUCGGAGGUGAACAGGAAGCCCCAGGGCCAGAUCGGCCUCGGCGAGGCGUGUAAGAUAUCGCGCAACGAGGGCGCGGCCACCUUCGAGAUUUUCACCGGGAGUCGAACUUACUAUCUCACUGCCGACAGCAUCGCUACUAUGGAGGAUUGGAUUAGAGUAUUGCAGAACGUCCAAAGGAGGAACGCCACCAAACUCCUCCUCAGCAAGGAAGACAACAAGCCCACGAUCCAGGGCUGGCUGACGAAGGUGAAGAAUGGCCACGCGAAGAAGAGCUGGUGCGUGCUUAUCGGCAAAAUGUUCCUGUACUUCAAGUCGCCCGGGGACCAGUGCACCUGGGAACAGGCGGUAAUGACGAUGAACGAUGAUGCGCAGAACCCCACGGGCCAGAUCAACAUGCGCGACGCGCGCGUCGAGGAGGUGGAGCACGCGUCCGACUCCGACUCGGAGGAGAAGGGCGACGACGCGCGCGCCCACCUCACCGUGGCCAUACACCCGCAGCACCAGGUAACAGCGGGCCCCACGUACCUGCUGUUCGAGAGCAAGGCGGACAAGGACGCGUGGCUGUACCAGCUGACGGUGGUGAGCGGCGGCGGCCUGAGCCAGGGCACGCACUUCGAGCACCUCGUGCACAAGCUGAUGGAGACUGACGGCGAGCCAAAUUGCGUCCUAUGGCGGCACCCAACGCUGCUGUAUUCGAAGGAGAACAUAUCCUCACCGCUAACGUCGCUCAACUCUGAGGCUCUGCAGGCUGAGGCAUUAAAGCUAUUCAAAUGCGUGCAGCUGUUCAUGUCGGUGGCGGUGGAGCAGGCGGGCAUCGACUACCACGUGGUGCUCGCGCAGAACGCGCUGCAGCAGUGCCUCGAGGUGUGCGAGCUGCAGGACGAGCUGGCGGCCUGCCUCGCCAAGCAGACCGCGCCGCACACGCACACCAAGCACGGCGUGCAGGUAACGCCCGCCUCCGCCCCCGCGCCCGCCCCCGCCCCGCGCUCGCCCGCCGCCGCCCGCGCCCGCCUUAGCAUUAGGCCCAAGCUUAAGAGCCAACUGCUGCUGUGCGCGACUCAGUCGCUGUUCACUUGCGACACGGGUGCGUCGUCAGUCAGCGGCGACAACAAGAGCGGCGACCUGCCGCCUAACGCAGCGGGCUCGCCUAGCUCUAUACAGGCCCCCCUACUGUCCGUGGACUGUAAGAGCAAUCCGCCCACGUACAGCUUCGUCCAGGGCUGGCAACUCUUGGCGUUGGCGGUGAGCCUCUUCGUGCCGAGGAACAAUAGGCUGCUGUGGUACCUGAAGCUCCAUCUCAGCAGGCACGCCGACUCCAAGACGGAGUGCGGGAAAUACGCGGCGUACUGCUCCCGCGCCCUGGAGCGGACAAUCCGCAACGGGGGCCGGGAGGACAAGCCCUCGCGGAUGGAGGUCCUCUCCAUCCUCCUCAAGAACCCAUACCACCACUGCCUGCCGCACGCGAUACCCGUACACAUGCUCAACAACACAUACCAGGUGAUAAGCUUCGACGGCUCCACGACAGUCGAGGAGUUCCUGUCGACCCUCAGCACGGAGCUCGGCUGCAGGGAGUCAGCGGCGUCCGGCUUCGCGCUUUUCAGCGACGACCCCAUAGAGAAGGAUCUAGAACAUCACAUAAAGCCAGAUAAAAAGCUGUGCGACGUCAUAUCGAAGUGGGAGACCGCAUUGAGGGAGAAGGGCUCUGGGAAGUUCGAGAACUCGCGCGUGAUCAGGCUGACGUACCGGAACAGGUUAUAUUUCAAGAGUUCAGUGCGCACCGAGACCGACAAGGAGCGUCUGCUGCUCUGCUACCAGGUCAACCAGCAAGUGGUGGCGGGUCGGUUCCCGGUGAGCCGCGAGCUGGCCGCCGAGCUGGGCGCGCUGAUGGCGCAGCUGGACAUGGGCGACUACGCGCCCACCAACACGCAGCACAGCCAGCCGUUGGCGCACCGCUUCUACCCCUACCGCUACCGCGCCGGCCUCACCAACGACGAGAUGCGGGAUGUCGAAGACAAGCUCAGGUCCAAAUGGAUAGCCCUGAAGGGCCGAAGUACGGCGGACUGCGUCCGGAUAUACCUCAACUGCACGAGGAAGUGGCCCUUCUUCGGUGCUACCCUGUUCCAGGCCAGGAUCAAACAGCCGGACCUCUCGCUGGUGUGGCUGGCGGUGUCGGAGGAUGGCGUGACGGUGCUCGAGCUGGCCUCCAUGAGCGUCAUCGGCAGAUACUCGCUCAACUCCAUCGGCCUCUUCGGCGGACUGCAGGACGACUUGAUGAUGCUGAUCGAUGCUGAAGACGCGACGAGCCCCGUUCACAAAAUGCUGGUCAGCCUCAACAAACCAAAAAUGGUGGAGCUGACGCACCUGAUCGCCGACUACAAGAACGCGCUGCUGCGGCCCGGCGGCGGCGGCGGCGGGGGAGGGGCAGGGUGCGCGGGCGGCGGCACCCCCCAGAUGAGCUCGCUCACGCGCAACGGCAGCCACCGCUCGGCGCGCAAGCCCCCCUCCACGCUGCCCCACUCGAGCCCCUCCACGCUGCCGCACGCGCACCACCUGAGCCAGUCGCACCACACCCACCACGCGCACCACACCACCGGCCACAACACCCUCAACUCGCACGCCACCACGGUCACGCUCGGCUCCGACCGCAACGCGACCCUCACGCUCAGCUCGCACACGUCCACCCUCAACCAGCACCACGGGCAGCCGGACAUCCUCAAGUCCACGCCCGACCACCACAGGGGCGAGAAGAAGCGGAGCCACGCCCAGGACAGCGGGGUGGCG